AUGCAAGCCACCACAGCAUUCUUCCUAACUCUCAGUCGUCCCCGUUCAAUGCCUCAAAUUGAGGCAUCGCAGGCUGAGGCAGCAACCUUCAUCAACAGGGAGCGGGUGGUCGCCGAGGUGGAACACUGCUCCUCCUGCUCUCUCAUAAUUCUGCAGCCGCUCACCACUGGGCUCAGGGCCAGAAACGGGGAGGAGUCGGAGGGGUGUGCUAACCCCGCCCCUCCGCGCCUGCGCACGCAGCCCUCUGUGACCCGUCCAGGCAUGCUAUCCCAUCACACCCCGCGCCGUGUGGCCGUGCUGGCUAGGUUGAAGAGCGCCUGCGUGGCCGUGGUCCCACUGCGCACGGCUCACAAGCGGCGGGAGAAGCGCGUGCGCGUGUGGCCGGCUGGGAGGCCGGCGUGGCGCGGGGACUCGUCCUCUGAGGGAGGUCCAUCCUCACGGUCGCAGGCCGCAGCUCCGUGUAGCCUUUUCGCGGAGCCUCGGGUGGCUGCAGUCCUUUUACUUCCGGGGCCCCUGGAUCUCCCGCGCGUGGAGACCGUUCCGGACUCUGUGUUUGGCUCUACAGAGACAAACAUGCCCUUUCCGCGCUGUGGACUGGACCUCUUUGGGGUCAUGUGUGCUCUGUCCAUGGAUUCCUGCACUGAGCAGCCCUGCUACAGGGACCCUGUGUACAAGUGCACUACCAUGGGGCAGAAGGGCGUGAGUGAUGCCCCUGGUGGUGAACCUGCAGAGAGGGGCCUUCCAAUUGCACACAGUUCCAUUCUGCUGCCCAGCAUCCUGGACUUUUACUGGCUGCUGGGCUCUGACCUGGGGACCUUUAACGGCUUCUCAUGGCUGCUAUAUCCUGGGCGCCUUACAACCCGUUACUUCAACAGAGACCUGCCCCUGCCUGACAGUGACGAGCUCUUCAGGACCUCAAGGACAUGUUUCAAGACUCAGGAUUUUGCUGAGCACCACUCUGCAGUGCCCUGCCCCAUCCCAACCCAGCUGCCAGUGGCCCUGUGGCUACCUGUGCUAAGGCAGUCCUUAGCUUGGUUCUUGAAAGCCCUGAUUCGCAACAUGUGUGCCCCUUCUGGGCUGGUAGUAGCUGCUCUGGUCACCCCCGCUAUUGCUAGUGCCAACUCCGCAUUCAGAUAUGCUGACUUACCUGAGUAGCCAGUGGCCAAGGAAAGCAGCCCUGGGCCCAAGGAGCCUGCCCUUACACUUACAGAAUCUGCUCAGCUCCCUGCCAGACCAGAUCCAGCUUGUCCAGGGGGUCUAGCACCCCAGAAGGCAAGAGGUCGAGAGUGA